CAUGGCGGACGCGGCCUCGCAGGUGCUGCUGGGCUCGGGGCUGACCGUGCUCUCGCAGCCCCUCAUGUACGUGAAAGUGCUGGUGCAGGUGGGGUACGAGCCGCUGCCGCCCACCCUGGGGAGGAACGUCUUCGGGCGCCAGGUCUACCAGCUGCCCGGGCUCUUCGCUUACGCCAAGCACAUCGUGAAGGUCGACGGAAGAGCGGGACUCUUCAAAGGCCUCGCCCCCCGCCUCUGCUCCAGCGCCGUCGGCACCGUCGUGCACGGCAAAGUGCUGCAGCGGUACCAGGAGGCCGAGCAGGCUGAGGUAGGGGCGUUCUUCGCCAGCAUGCUGACCUACCCCUUCGUGCUGGUCUCCAACCUGAUGGCCGUGAAUAACUGCGGGCUGGCUGGGGGUCUCCUCCCCUACGCGCCCACCUACUCCUCCUGGCUGGACUGCUGGAGCCAGCUGCACAGGGAGGGCAACAUGAGCCGAGGGAACAGCCUGUUUUUCCGCAAGGUGCCUGCAGGGAAGCGGUACGUGUGGGAGGAGAGGAGGUUUCGCUGAAGGUGGAGCCGAGAGUGGAGUUGUGAAGCCAAUGUCGGGCUCUGGAGGCAAAGAAUUAUCAGAGAGUGGUGAUUUCUAUACAGUUUUUUAAAAUCAUUUAAUGCUGAGA